UUGCGCUUGUCGGUGUGGCAGAGGAGACGGUCAGGGGCGUGGAUGCCGGAUCGACUCCGAGAAGUAAAACCCGAGUGGAGCCAGUGACAGCAGAACCUGCGUCAGCGAAACUCCUGCUCAACUCUCCCAUUAACGCGGGGCCUGCGACCACCUGUCAGCCAUGGAAGAAGACGGCUCCCACGCCGAGUCCGGCAGCGUCACGGGCAGCACCCACACCAUCCCGCAGCCGCAGCCCGAAAGCGCCGACAUCCUCAUCCCGAGCUUCAGCCCGUCGUCCGCCCCGUCCUCCCCGACACCCACCGGAACCUUGUCCCGGCUGGGCUUCAAGAGCCCCACCGGCUCCUCCGGCGCCGCCGCGCCCGGGAGCCCGGUGGACCGCGGCCAGGUGAGCGCCAUCACCGUGGUGGCGCUGCUGGAUAAGCUGGUGAACAUGCUGGAGUCGGUGCAGGACAACCAGCAGCGCAUGGAGCAGCGGCAGGCCGACCUGGAGAGCGCCGUGCGCGUCGUGCAGGGGGACGUGACGCGCCUGUCCAAGAACCACGUCAGCACCUCCAACUGCGUCAACAAGCUGCUGGAGCGCUCGCGCAAGGCCGGCGGCCACCUGAAAGAAGUGCGCGAGCGCCUGGACAGGCAGGCGGUGCAGGUGAAGAAGCUGGAGGCCAACCACAGCCACCUGCUGAAGAGGAACCACUUCAAAGUGCUCAUCUUCCAGGAGGACAAUGAGAUCCCCUCCACCUUGUUAGUCAAGGACUCUGUCAAGACCCCGCAGCCAAGCCAGUACGAUGCCGAAUCUACCCAUCCUACCCCAUCUGUAACGGGCUCUGUUGAGGCCUUCCGUACUCAAGAUGAAGGUCUCCAGACCAUCAACCUGUCCUCAGAUGAGGAUGAUGAUCUUACACUCACAACACAAAGAGAAGAAGAAGAAGAUCUGAUGGAAGGUGAAUACGCAACUGGUUUGGGCACUUCUCACCAAUUUGAGAGAAGGGCUGACAAAUUCAAGAGGUCCAGCCUUAAGAAGGUUGACAGCCUCAAGAAAGCCUUUUCACGCCAGAGCAUUGAGAAGAAGAUGAACCAGAUCACCACCAAGAUUGUGCCCCCAGAGAAGCGGGAAAAAAUCAAGAAGAGCUUCACCCCCAACCAUCCCAAGAGCCCGACUGCCAAGACGUCCUCAUUCAAGGUGUCUCCCAUGACCUUCAAAGUGAAGAAGGUGAGAGACACAGAGGUCUCCUCACAAGACGUGCCCUCGCCUGGUGAGGAUGCCCACGUGGAGAUUCCUCCCAUAGGAAGCUUGGAUGGCAAGAUUCCAUUGGCGGAGGUGCAUACCCACGAAGAUGCUCCAGAGGAGUUUCACGAGGUGCAGAGCCCAGACUCCACCUCAGGGAGCCUCAAGGUAGAGCUGGCCAUCAAUGGAGAAGCACCGAGCUCUGAGUGCAAGAUAAAUGGCGAGUCCUCUGCUGGCCUGGCAGUUCCUGAGCAUGACGAAGAUAUUGGUCAGGACGAAGAAGAAGAGGCAGAAGAAGAGAAAGAAGAGAAACACAAAACCCCAGUUGAGACAGCAGAAGAUGCACAGAUUCCUACUGCAACUGUUGCUGUCAACCAAGUGUCCUAAUAUGAUUUGAAUUUUUUGAUCUUCGCUUUUAGUCACCUCUUCGUUUUUUGUCUUCUACAUUUUUUCAGUUACUACAUUAACAAACACUCAACAGGCACAAAUUAACCCCCCAUUGAAGAGUCUUACCCUGCUCUCACAAAUGUCCUAAUCCAAGGAACAUGUACUCAGUUCUCAAUAUCUUGGUUUUGUACUUUAUUCUAUUCUAUUCUGUUUCUACUACUAUUUGAUUAUCGUCAGCAUAAUCUGAGAACCUUGACACCGUUUACCUGAGUGCUGAGCUUGGUUUAUCCUAAGUACAAUAGCUACACCCCUAAGUCCAUCUCAGUAAGACUUCUCCCAAAGUAUGCAGGAUUUUAUCUGUAUGCUAUAACUCAGUUUUUCAUCUGGGGCCCAACACUGCAGUAGCAGCUCAUCUCCAGGGAACUGGACCAACUAUCUCCCUCUUGAUGUGUUUGUCUGUUUCUGGACCACUCUUCCUCCCUGACAAAUAGCUUCUUUGUUCUUUGCAAAGUUCUGCAGAAAAUAGUAAAUCUUUGGUAACACUUGCCCUGCCCACAGCCUUGGGAGGCACUGUGUUGCCAGGUUGCAAAAGAAAGGGAAUGGCAAGUGUCUGGAUUUUUGGCUCAAAUGUCCUCGGGUGUUUUGUAGUUAAGUGGAGGUUGUUUACAGAAUUCUUUGCACCUUUGCUAAAAUUUGCUGAAGUUUCCAUACUUCCAUAGUCUGACUCUGUUUUGUCCCCCGUCACUCAUUGCCUUUGUCAUUGUUUCUGUAGUGAGGCCUAUUGGUCAUUUACAAAUUCCAAAUUCCAUUUCCACUCAUCUUUUAUGAACCAACAUUAGCAGACCAGAAAGCUGAAGUUUCUUGUCAUAUUCAUGCAAAUGAAAGUCACACAGCAGGAUAGAAGCUACUUUAUCGUAGAUGGAGAUAAAAAUUAAAUGUCCUUUGUAUUCGCUUUUUUGUCGGGCAAAUAUAUUUUUAUCUAUAGUUAUUGGUUAUUGUUUUUUUUACAUAAGGCACAUCACUCUAGGUGUUUAGAGUCCACAUUAUGAAAUCAUAAGUUAAUUACAUUGAGUGCGUUUCUCUACAGUGGACUUUUUUCAUUACUAUAUUAGUCAACCAUAUUAUGGAUGGUAAAUUGUUUACUUGGUUUAAUAUGUUCAAGGCAAACACUGUUUUAUACAGUGUACCAGACACUACCUUUCCUAUGUGCUCAUCCAUGUACACACUUAUUCUAACAGUGUCUCUGCCUUGCACAGCCUUACACUCCUCAAAGGAGGACUUUUUGUAGGUAAGAGUGAUAUUGAAACAUGCCAGAUGCCUUAAAUUCUAAGGAUUUCCAUGCAGCAGUGACUUUAUAAGGAAUUUCCAUGGAUUGAUACCAACCACUGAGAAAGUCAGUGGAAAGUCAUCAGGCCCAGCAGAUGCCGUUCCACACUCCUCGUGCUUUAAUGAAAAAUAGGUAAGAAACUAGGACCAGGUGUAAGGUCACAGAAGCAGGUAAAGGUACAGGACAGCAUUCCAAGGUUUGACAGAUGACUCCGGCAUAGCUAAUUGUUCACACUCUUAGCCUCCUUGUUGAGACAGUGCUCUGAGCUGAGGAUGCUUUCUGCAGCCACAGGUGUUUGGAGUUUCCAGACAAAAGUUGUGGACAAGUAAAAGAACCAUCGUUUGAAUGGAUGACUGGGUUAUACUGGCUAUGGAGGAUUCAGAAACCCUAUACCCCACAACCAGUAUGUGGAAAAAAAUAUGGAUUCCUGUUUUAGUUAAAAUGUGGUACAUUAAUAUUUUACACCUAAACUAUGCAAGAAAAUCACUUUGUCAGAGAGAAAUAAACACAAGAGAAAUUCAGUACAGAUAAAUCAGUCAAAGUAUUUCUUUUAACCAUUUCUUACUUGUAUUAAAGGCUCAGUCAUGCUGAUGAAUUCUUCUUUGUAUCAAUCAUAUUACUAAUUAUAUAUCAGACAUAGACUCAUGUGUAUGUCCUAUAUGCUGCAGAGGUUAAUGUUUCCACCUUUAAGGGAUUCCUGCUUAUUCAUGUUACUUUGGUGAAGAUGUUUUUCCGAUAAUGUUUCAAAUUAAAACAUUAAAGAAUAUGUAGGCUUUUGAAAAUGUGUUUUUAUCAGGCACUUAAAUUCAUUCAUUUGUAAAGACACUUUCUCUAAGAUACCAGCAACAUUGUCAGGUAGUAAAACUGUGUAGUUUCAUUGAUUUUACCUUUUAGACUGUACUGGUAAUGUAGCUAACCAGCUAAACCAAAGAUGUCUCUGUCACAGAAAAAGACUCACUGCCACUCGAGUGUUUAAAUGUACUUAAUCUAACAUUUAUUUCACCCAUCUUAUACAAAUCCUAUUUCCUUUAGAAUUUGGUGUUUUAUGCAUCAAUAAAGACGUUAUAACAUUUA